AUGUCGACUCCAUUCGAUACGAUUGAUGCUGCUAAUCGUCAUUUUGAACAACUUUUUAAUGCUGGAAAAAUUGAUGAAGUAGCAAAACUUUAUACUUUACAAGGAAAACUUUUGCCACCCGAUAAAAAUAUCUAUCAAGGUCAUGAAGCAAUUCAAAAGUUUUGGCAAGGUGGUCGUGAUGCCGGUAUUGGUAAUCUUAAACUUACGACUGGUACAGUUGUAGAAGCUGGACCGGAUCGAUUAAUUGAAACAAGUUCAUAUCAACAUUCAUUGGAUCGUGGCAAUUAUCAAGUUAUAUGGAAACGUGUUGAGGAGGGAAAAAAUGAUUGGCAAUUAGAAAUUGAUAUUUUUAAUUGA